GCUGAGUUAGUGGAAGGAUCAAUGUGUGUAACUAUCACCUGUACACAGAGGUCUGAAACUUGCUGCGUAAUAUGUCAGUGCUUUAUAAAUAAAGGUUAAUGAUAAAUUGCAAUCAAUGCACGAGUCGGAGUAAAGUCUGAGUAAACGCGUGUAGCAGACACCGCAGCGAAGGGUUAACAACACCCUUGAAUGACUGAACAGACUGGUUCCUGGCGGAGGGUGGAGAAGACGGCAGCUCCAGGUGAGCCAGGAUAGGAGGGGGAGCUAUCCUCAAUGCUCUAUAACUGUCUAGCAGCCAAUCACAGGCAACACGAAGAACAUGGAGAGUAACAGUCUGAUCUUUCCAUGUCACUCUGUAUUCUGGACAAGGAGGCACUGGUCACCACCUCCCACAAGUGCCUCAUAGUGUAAAGCAUGCAGCUCCCUGUCCUCUGCCAAUGCCUGGCACUGAUAACUCUGUAUCCUGCCGUCACACUGCAGGACACCCCGUUCCAGAGGGUGCUCAGCCUUCUGUCUCCUGGACACUCUUCCCUGAAUGUGAGCGCAGUCAGUGAUCUUAUAAAGCGUCUGGAGGACCGUGCGCAAUGUGGAAAUGAGCCGUGUGAAAAGUGUCUGACACCAAAGGACCUGUUCACUGUAGUGAACCAAUCCUCAGAGUUCCAGCUGGACGCCCAGGACUUUGCUACGGUAUCCGGAGGAUUGCUGAAUUAUAUUGCAGACCCUGCCAGUGUCUGCACUGCCCUCAAGGAAGGAAAAUGGCCUACUAACACUCUGGACAACAAGCAAGAGGCGGUGGAGGCUACGCUACACAUAAUAGCGACAAUACUACCUAAUUAUAAAGCCCAUGAUCAGGCCCCAGGAUGCUUCAAUGCUCAGGAUAUCCUAAACAUGACCUCCGACCCAGACCGCGUCACCACGGAGAUCCAGGAGGCCAUAGUCCUCGUAGUGUUAGAGGGAUCAUGUAUGACGUUACUUCCACCUGCCGACUACUUCACCGCGUACAUCUAUAAACGGUUCGGAAACAACAGCAUCAGCCUGGAGGGACUGACCUCCCUCAUGCAAGCUCUCAACUUGGUGAGCAAAGAUGACCAUGACGAUGACCAUGACCAUAUGGAUGACCAUGAACAUAUCGAUGACCAUGAACAUAUGGAUGACCAUGAACAUAUGGAUGACCAUGAACAUAUCGAUGACCACGCUGGAAACCACCUAACAGAUGAAAAACGGAAGAGAUGCAGCUUGAGACAAAGUGAGGCAGCGCACAUACAUCACUGGGAUGAGACUUGCUUCAGCCCCCAGGAGAUGAUGGCCGUACAUGGGCUGCACAUAGAUGAUGGAAUCCUUCUGGAGAAAUUCACAGACAUCAGCUCCAGUCUGAUCCAGCAGCAGCUUACUGGGGCCUGUCCCAGGAGCCACCAGCAUGAGACCAGCGAGGGACAGCUGAGCACGGCGGAGAAAUACUUAUAUGGCAGUAUCGCAACGCUGAUCGUGUGUCUGUGUUCUCUGCUGGGCAUCACACUGCUGAUGUGUACAACCUGCACCAGUACAUAUCAAUACUGUAUCCAGUUCUGCGUCAGCCUGGCCGUGGGAUCUCUGACCGGAGACGCCAUUCUACACCUUAUCCCGCAGUUCCUGGGUCUCCACGGCCACAGCGACAGCCACAAUCACCAAGAUGAGGACCGCACUCACCUAUGGAAGCUGCUGGCUGUUCUGGGCGGCCUCUACAGCUUUUUCCUGCUAGAGAAGUUCUUCAGCAUCCUCCUGGCACAGCAGGAGGAAGAAGGUGAGCAUAACGGCCACGGACACGGUGACCACGGAGUGUCCCUGCAGAAUUACCAUGAGGAACAGAGGAAGAGGAAACAGCAGAAGCAAUCAGAGUCUCGCGCAGACCUGGUCAGUUCCGAUGUAGAGUCUGAGAAGAGCAAGACGCCAACAAAAAGUCGAGAGUUGCAGAUGAUUCCCUAUAUGAUCACUAUAGGGGAUGCCAUACACAAUUUUGCAGAUGGUCUGGCUAUGGGAGCUGCGUUCUCCACAUCCUGGAAAACCGGUCUAGCCACUUCUCUGGCGGUUCUGUGCCAUGAGCUCCCACAUGAGCUGGGUGACUUUGCUGCUCUGCUCCACGCUGGCCUCAGGGUUCGGUGGGCUCUGCUCCUGAAUUUUGGCAGUGCACUAACUGCAUUUAUCGGAUUGUACAUUGCACUCUCCAUAGCAGCCGAUGAAGUCGUCCAACAGUGGAUAUUUACUGUGGCCACCGGUCUCUUUCUCUAUGUGGCUCUUGCAGACAUGCUGCCGGCUAUGAUGAAUGUGAAAGAUCAAAGACCAUGGCUGAUCUUCUUCCUCCACAACUUAGGGCUCCUGCUUGGUUGGGCUAUCCUCCUGCUGCUCUCCAUUUAUGAGGAGAAUAUUGCAUUCUAAUGUUCUGGAACUGGACCUCAGCAAUGCAUCUUGCCCUUCCUCAGGAUCACACACAAGGAAUAAUGGAACCCUUCCUCAGGAUCACACACAAGGAAUAAUGGAACCCUUCCUCAGUAUCACACACAAGGAAUAAUGGAACCCUUCCUCAGGAUCACACACAAGGAAUAAUGGAACCCUUCCUCAGGACCACACACAAGGAAUAAUGGAACCCUUCCUCAGGAUCACACACAAGGAAUAAUGGAGCCCUUACUCAGGAUCACACACAAGGAAUAAUGGAACCCUUCCUCAGGAUCACACACAAGGAAUAAUGGAACCCUUCCUCAGGAUCACACACAAGGAAUAAUGGAACCCUUACUCAGGAUCACACACAAGGAAUAAUGGAGCCCUUCCUCAGGAUCACACACAAGGAAUAAUGGAACCCUUCCUCAGGAUCACACACAAGGAAUAAUGGAACCCUUCCUCAGGAUCACACACAAGGAAUAAUGGAACCCUUCCUCAGGAUCACACACAAGGAAUAAAUGAACCCUUCCUCAGGAUCACACACAAGGAAUAAUGGAACCCUUCCUCAGGAUCACACACAAGGAAUAAAUGAACCCUUCCUCAGGAUCACACACAAGGAAUAAUGGAACCCUUCCUCAGGAUCACACACAAGGAAUAAAUGAACCCUUCCUCAGGAUCACACACAAGGAAUAAUGGAACCCUUCCUCAGGAUCACACACAAGGAAUAAUGGAACCCUUCCUCAGGAUCACACACAAGGAAUAAAUGAACCCUUCCUCAGGAUCACACACAAGGAAUAAAUGAACCCUUCCUCAGGAUCACACACAAGGAAUAAUGGAACCCUUCCUCAGGAUCACACACAAGGAAUAAAUGAACCCUUCCUCAGGAUCACACACAAGGAAUAAUGGAACCCUUCCUCAGGAUCACACACAAGGAAUAAAUGAACCCUUCCUCAGGAUCACACACAAGGAAUAAUGGAACCCUUCCUCAGGAUCACACACAAGGAAUAAUGGAACCCUUCCUCAGGAUCACACACAAGGAAUAAUGGAACCCUUCCUCAGGAUCACACACAAGGAAUAAUGGAACCCUUCCUCAGGAUCACACACAAGGAAUAAUGGAACCCUUCCUCAGGAUCACACACAAGGAAUAAAUGAACCCUUCCUCAGGAUCACACACAAGGAAUAAUGGAACCCUUCCUCAGGAUCACACACAAGGAAUAAUGAACCCUUCCUCAGGCUCACACACAAGGAAUAAAUGAACCCUUCCUCAGGAUCACACACAAGGAAUAAUGGAACCCUUCCUCAGGAUCACACACAAGGAAUAAAUGAACCCUUCCUCAGGAUCACACACAAGGAAUAAUGGAACCCUUCCUCAGGAUCACACACAAGGAAUAAUGGAACCCUUCCUCAGGAUCACACACAAGGAAUAAUGGAACCCUUCCUCAGACGUCCCCCUGGACCUCACUCAGGUUUCAUCACUUUGUGGCUGAUACCAACUUUUUCAACUUCCAAGCAAGAAGAUAACGGUCCAUUGACAUUAGACCCAUACAGCUCUGGUCUCUGCAUGCUAUCUGGCAUCUUCUUCCAUCUUGCUGCCUUUCUGUCCAGUCACUUCCAUCCUUAUCUGGUUCCAUUGCUGAAAGAGCUUUUGCUUGGUUGUCUUCCAGUUCUUUUGUUCCAAAUGUUUUCCUGCAUUGUCCCAUGUUUGUGGUUAUAACUGCAGUAUAUAGUUAUUUAUAUAACUCAGGGAUGUCACCUAUGUUACUGUGUAGCACUGUCCGGGGCACUCCGGCUGGUACAGAGCGCCUCCCAGCAUCCAAUAAAAGCACAGUGUAAUGUGAUAUGAUACUGUGGAUGAGUGAUCAAUGUUAUAUAAGAAAGAAAGGUUACUUCAUGCAUGACCGUUAUUUCCCGUGUGCAUUGCGGUAACGGCAAACAAUAAAGACGUAUUUCCAGAAUAACAA